GAAUUUAACAUACUAUGACAUUCACAAAGUUUAUAAUCAAAACUCAAAAAAACCCUCCAAAAUCCAAAACCAAAGGAAACAAAAGAAAAACCCUUUUCCCUCAAAAACCUCAAUCAAUUUACAUUUUUUACACUCUCUCUCUCUCUCUUUCUCUCUCCUCCGCAAAAAUGUUCGGAGCAACUUCCUCCGCCUUCGGCACACCAUCGUCAACUCCGGCAUUCGGCACGCCGUCGUCAACACCGGCCUUCGGAACGCCGUCAUCAACGCCGGCCUUCGGAACUCCAUCAUCGUCUCCAGCUUUCGGAACUCCGUCGACGCCAGCAUUCGGUGCGACUCCUUCGACGCCGGGUUUCGGAACUCCGUCUUCGCCUUUUCUCGGAUCUUCUCUCUUCAAUACUCCCUCUCCUUUCGGUCAGAAUACUCAACAGCAGCAACAAACGACGCCGUUUUCGCAGCAGAAUACCGGAUUCGGGUUCAGUUCGACGCCAUUUCAGACUCCUCAACAACAACAACAACAACCGCAGCAAACGACGCCGUUUGCUCUUUCUGGUGCUCAGCAGCUCACCACUCAAAUGGCUCCUGUUGCUCCUUUACCUUUCUCCCUCGCCGAGCGCGACAUUCAGACUAUUGUCGAUGCAUACAAGGAUGAGCCUGGAAAUUCUAAAUACGCGUUUAAGCAUUUGUUAUUCAGUGUGACGGAUCCACAAUUCAGAGUUAAGCCAUCUGGUGUAUCAGAUAUAAUGUGGGCUGAGGCUAUGGGGAAACUUGAGGGCAUGGAUAGUACGAAUCGGGAGCGCUUAUGGCCUCAGCUUGUAAAAGGCUUCAAAGAUCUAUCAAAUCGUUUGAAGCUUCAAGAUGAAGUUAUUGUUGCAGAUGCAGAGAGAUUGCGGAUGACUCAAGGCAAUGUGAAGACGCUUCAAAGGCAUUUCCAAGCUGACACUCUACCACGUAUUGAGAGAUUGAAGCAGAAAGAGCAAGGUCUUCAAAGACGUUUAUUAAGGGUAAUGAGAAUUGUGGAGGCUCUUGAGGGAAAAGGUUGUCGUAUGCCCCUAUUGAAAGGGGAAGUUGAAUUGGCUGAGAAGUUGGCUGCUAUAGUUAGACAGCUCAAAGGAUCUGGGGCAGAACUUUCAAGGCGAGUACAAAACCUGCUUACAGUAUCUCGUGUUCAGGUGAAUUCCAAUGGUGGUAGUAUCUCUGUAUACCUUCCAGGUUCAACUAAAAUUCACGAGCAAAGUCUCACCGACAUGCAGGAGGUUUUACAGCAGCAAACUGAUGCCAUAGCAAGACUUGGUAAUGUAUUGAAGCGAGACAUUCGGGAUAUGGAAAUUAUUAUGUCUGAAGAUACUGAAAUGAUUGAAGAUGGUAGUUGAUUAAGAGCCUUCUUGAGAUGGACGGCUUUGCUUGCACCAUUUUUUUUUACUGCAGAUAUUGUAACAUGUACGGAGUAGUUUUUAUUAUUGUAACUUUAUAUCAAUAUUACAAUGGGUUAUAAUCGUAGUAGUGAGUAAAAUGUGAUUAUAGUACAUACUAGAGAGCUAUUUUCUCUAUACAUGUAUGAUCAAUCCAGAAGAAUCCAGCUUGCUUUGA